CCCUCCCCUUCCCGGGGCAGCGGGUGCCAGUCGGGGUUGUGAUGCGGCCGUUGUUUUCGUAGGGUGGCGGGGCUCGUGGUGCGGGGAGCGGAAGGCGACCCAUGGAUGCGGGGAGAGCCUGGCGGGCGGUGUAGCUUUGCCCACCCCCAUAACCCCCCCCUCUCCUUACCCCCCUUCCCGGUUCCUUUCCUCUUUCCGCCGCUUUGUUAGCGCAAACACACAAACGCGCCUCACCUGCGCGGUGAAGAGGAAAAGCAGCGCGUCCCGUUCAAUAAUGGGCACCCGGCUCCUGCCCCCCGGGCCGCCGCAGAGCAGCGGAAAGAAUGUCGGCGCGGGCCGCGGGUGACGUCAGAAGGGAGCAGCGCAGCGCGGCGGCAGCAGCAGCAGCAGCAGCAGCAGUCAGGCAGCGGCAGCGGCGGCCCCGCCACGGCGAAGGAAGAGGCGGAGGAGGCGGGAGCGGCGCCGGCCCCGCCGCCACCGCCGCAGCGGCAAUGGCGGCCGUCGGGGAGCGCAGGUCCCUGCCCAGCCCCGAGGCGAUGCUGGGGCAGCCCUGGAGCCACUGGGUCGAUGCUGCUAAACUUCACGGGAACGACGGAACAGCAUUAGAAGAAAGUUUCAAGGAAUAUGGAAGAAACCGAGAAGCAAUGCGACUUUGCCGAGAAGAUAUGCCAAUAUUUGGUCUUUGCCCGGCUCAUGAUGAUUUCUAUUUGGUGAUGUGUAACCACUGUAAUCAGGUCGUAAAACCACAGGCAUUUCAAUCACAUUAUGAAAGAAGACACAGCUCCUCUAGCAAGCCGCCUUUGACUCCUCCCUCCUCUUCAGUAUUUUCCCUCAUUUCAUCUUUCCCUUCAAAAAACAAAGGUAGCAGUGGAAGUGGGAGCAAUCGGUCAUCCAGUGGAGGUACUAGUGCAUCAUCAUCAAAUUCCAAGUUGUUGAAAGCACCCAAAGACAAGCUGCAGAUCAGUGGAAACAACAGGUUAAUGCAUCCGGUACAGCACAGCAAAGUUCCCCACGAUAAAAUUAUGACUCCAUCUGUCAAAGUUGAAAAGAUUCAUCCAAAGAUAGAUGGUGCCCAACUGAAAGCUGCUGUUGGUCCAACUUGUUCUACUACUGUGAGUUCCUCAAUAAAGACUGGCCUUAAUUGUCCCUCAAUACCAAAGCCACCCUUGCCUUCCCCUGGACAGAUACUGAAUGGUAAAGGUCUUCUCUCUGUGCCUCCAUUUUUGGAAAAGAAACCUGAAGAAAAUACAAAUAAUAGGAAAUUUUUACAUAAAAGAUUGUCAGAGAGAGAAUUUGAUCCUGAUAUAUACUGUGGUGUCAUUGAUGUGGAAACCAGGAAACCUUGUACUAGGUCUUUGACAUGCAAGACACAUUCCUUAACCCAGCGGAGGGCUGUACAGGGUCGAAGAAAACGAUUUGAUGUGUUAUUAGCUGAGCACAAAAGCAAAACCAGGGAAAAGGAACUUCUUCGACAUUCGGAUCAUCAUCAGCAGAUGCCCCCUCUCAGGGAACCACAUCCCUCACCUACUAAAACUUCCCAGGAGCUGCACCAAAAUUCUCAUGGAGUUACUCUUACAGAAGCAAAGCCUUUAUUACCUAAUAAACCCAAACCUCACCCUCCCAGUCUUCCAAGGCCUCCAGGCUGUCCAGCCCAGCACAGUGGAAAUGCCCCAAGUGAGUCUCUUUCUGUCCACGAGUCCCCUCACCCUCCCUUGCCUGCAGCUGAGCCAGCAUCUCGGUUAUCCAGUGAUGAGGGAGAAUGUGAUGAAAAAGAAGAACCUGUUGAAAAACUGGAUUGUCAUUAUUCAGGUCAUCAUCCUCAACCAGCCGCUUUUUGCACAUUUGGUAGUCGGCAAAUUGGAAGAGGUUACUACGUGUUUGACAAGCGGUGGAACCACAUGCGAUGUGCACUUGACUUCAUGUUGGAGAAGCAUCUGAAUUCACAGAUGUGGAAGAAAAUUCCUCCAGCAUCCAGUAGUAACACAGCCUCAGUUCGUGCACCACAUCGGACAAACUCAGCACCUGCUUCCCAGUAUGGUGUCAGUGCAGCAGGUUUCCUCUUGCCCACCACGGUUAUGUCAUCCCCAGCACUGGUAUCUCCUUCCUGUGUGUCCCUGAAUAACAAAUCGGUACCAUCACACGGAACCACACUGAACGCCAACCCUGCUGCUCUGGGUGCCGUGGAUCCCGUCUGCAGUAUGCAAUCAAGACAAGUGUCUUCAUCCCCUUCAACACCUACAGUGCUUUCCUCUGUACCUUCACCUAUGCCCGGCAAACCUCAGAAAAUCAAAUCCAGCAAAUCUUUUAAACCUAAGGAAUCUCCUGCUGGCAGUGGCACCUGUAACAGCAGCGGCAGCGUCGGUAGCAGCGGCGGCUCAGGAAAGAAGCGCAAAAACAGUUCCGCACUGCUCGCACCUUCCCAUUCCACUGAGUCCUUUAGGAAAAACUGUGUGGUUAACUCUGGAAACUCCGGGACCUCCUUUCAUCCCUCGGUGACAGCUUCGUCCCACAGCGUUGGCCUCAACUGUUUGACUAGCAAAGCUAACUCUGUUAGCCUCAAACACGACCAAUCAGGGAGGGGUCCUCCGACUGGAAGCCCUGCAGAAUCGAUAAAGAGAAUGAGUGUGAUGAUGAACAGCAGCGACUCCACGCUCUCCUUAGGGCCGUUCGUUCAUCAGUCCAGCGACCUGACUGUAAAUUCACACAGCAGUUUUCCACAUUCACAUACUUCCCUUGACAAAUUAAUAGGAAAGAAAAGAAAGUGCUCACCUGGUUCAAGCAGCAUCAACAACAACAACAGCAGCAGCAGCAGCAGCAAAUCAAACAAAGUUGCCAAAUUGACGUCGGUGAACAAUGUUCAUGCAAAACACACUGGUGCAAUCCCAGGGACGCAAGGACUGAUGAACAAUUCUCUUCUUCAUCAGCCAAAGGCACGUCCCUGAUAGCUGAAUGCACCAUGGUGAGGAAUGAACUGGACAAUUUUCACUACAAGCAAAACCUCCAUCUGGAUUUUUUUGGACUCCAAGAUGCCUUGAGUUUUCCCAACUUCCCAUGGUCCUCAGGUGUGGAAAUCUACUGGACUGUCACUUAAACAAGGAAUUUCCCUGAAGCCAUGUCUGUAGCAGCGAAUAUACUAGAAAUGGACACUGGAUUGAAGUUCAGCCACAUAAUUGCUCUUAUCAGUGUUAACAGUGGUCUGGACUGUUUGCUACAAACCUGUGAGAUUUUCCUUACAGGAGUUCAUCAUCUUGCCACUAUUUGACAUAGAUUGUUUUCGGGGGGGAAAUAAACGUUACUGUGGACUUAUUUUUAUACUGAUGGUGUCUUUUGUAGGUGGUAGCUAAGCAGACAGACACCCUCAAUGGAGAGGACCCCGUGACAAGGGGAGAAAAUGUGUGAGGCACAAUAGAAAGAAGCCCUCAAGAAGGGAAUAUGGCUUUAGUGUUUUUAUAGCAAUGUUCCUUUAAUGGAAUAUAAAAUAGCACAACUCAAGAAAUAGUCUGUUUUGCCCAGCCUUUUGCAAGUAAUUUGGGAUAAGAAGCUAUCAGGAGUUUAAAACAAAAAACAAAAAACCACAACCAAACCAAACCCAACAAAAACCCAGAAAAACUUGUUUGAGGCCAUAGCUCAGAAAACAAGUAUAAAAAUGUUUGCAUGAUACAAAACCUGUUUAUUCUUCUGAAUAGGAUUUGAUUGCAGAAGAAACUAAGAGUUAAUUCUAAUAAAAAAAAAAAAUCCCAAAACAUCAAAUAGACAAAGGCAAAUAACCUCUAAAACCAUAUGCCCAAAGAUUGUAUUUAUUGACCUAUGCUGUAUACCACAGGCCUUUGUUAUUAAAAAAAACCCACAAAACUGUAUUGGUCAAAUUAGGCUGGAUUUGCCUUCCAGACAGUCAAAACAGCCCUUUAAAAAUAUUUAAAUAUUUUCUAAAAAACCCAUGAAACUCAGUUUCUUUAUGUGUUGUUUGUAUGACUAUAUUGUUAGCAUUAUACUUUCAAUCAGAUUUUUUUCCAAAUUCUGGCAUUAACACCAAUUUGACAGCAGAGUUCAUGGUGAAGCUCAGAUGUCUGCAUCACAGCCAUCCCAUGCCCAGGCUUUAUGAAUAAAAGGGUUUGACACAGUUUUAUAGAGUCCAGUCAAUUUUUAUGAACUAUUUUGUUUGGCUUCAAAAACACCUCAAAACUGAGUUUUGCUAAAGGGCUUGUUGUAUAAUGAUUUGAUUUGUCUGGAUGUUUUAAAGUUUUUUAAACAUCAGGUAAAGUCUCAAAACUCUAAUGAUACUUUUAUUAUGGGGCAAAGCAAAGGAAAACGAAUUCCUAACCAAGAAAAUAUUUUUUUCUGCCUUAAAAGGGGCACCAGCUAUUGCUGAGAAGAGACAAUCUGAGCCUGUCCAAGUGUUCGUGUAGCCCAGCCUUCUCCCCAGUUCUGGUGGCAAGUUGUACAUCAGGGAAUCCAAAGCCACUCUGAGUAGCAGUUGCUUGGUUGUUUACCUAAUGAUGCUUUCAGUUUAACCUGAACUUGCUACAAGAAUCAUUGUUACACAGCAAAACAACAAGAAGCCUCUAUGCAGACACUUUAGCUUGGAAUUGAUACAAAAGAUCGCAUUGAGAAAGUGAAGUACUGGAGAUGUUUAUUAUGCAAACUUUAAAAAAAAAAUUAAAAAAAAAUAGUCAGCUUUUCAGGAACAAAAGGAUUUGUGUUUAGCGAGAUGCCCUGUUUGAAAGGAUUGUUAGAACUGCGAUUGGUUUAACAUAAAAAGGAACCAAAGUGAUAACUCCACCAAGAGCAAUCAAAGAGUAUGAAAUCCUGCACAUUUGGAGUGAAAUCCACAGCUCUGAAGUCCCCGGGGCAGAGCUUCCACUUCAGGAUAGCAUCAGUCACAAGUGCAAUUUGACUCUUGAUAGACACCAAGGUAAAAAGAAACAAAAUUUGGCAAGAAUGGAUGCUAGCGAGUUUGUGAUCCAACUCUCCUCUGUUUUGUUUUAUUUUGUUUUGUUUUAAAGGUUCUGUUGAUCUGAAAGCAUAAAUGGCAAAUUCGUGCUCCUUCAGUAGCUGCAGACACAUUAAAAAGUGAAUUUCUGAUUGCUGCUGGUGCAGAGCCAGUGUCUGUGGUCACCUGCGUCGUGUGGUCCUUAAGCCAUUGGGAAUAAGGAGUUAGAACAAAUUCUGUCUGCCCUUGAGCAUAAACCUGCUUCAAUAUUAUGUUUUAGAUCUUGGUUAUAAGCAGAACAUUGUUCCUGAAGCUUUUUAUUGUCACGUAGUUCUUACUGUAAAUAAUUAAGGAAGCUUAAAAAUUAAUUUUUCCUCGCAAAAUUGAAUUUGCAGUGGCUGGGUUGUUUCUAGACAGAUUUUUGGUAUUAAUUUAAGAGAUACAGUUUUUAUAGUCUUUCCAACUUCUCGUUAUGACUCCUGCAGUUUUCUUAACCUAAAAAAUUGCUGCAAUGAUGAACAAAGAAUUAUACAAGAAAAAAAAAACAAACAUACUUUUGUAUCUUUAUUUUGGAAUUUCUUGUUCUAUUAUAAAUAUUGAAGUAUCCCUAUUUCAGAAGACAUAUUUUGUUAAUUGAUUGUACAUAUUUAAAUAUGUAUUUUUGCACAGGUCUUUUUUUCUUAUAUCCAGUUUUGGUACAAUUGAGAUCAUCUAGUAUUUAUUUAUUAAUUAAUUAAAAAAAAAAAA